GUAUCAGAUUGCCAAGCCUUUGAUGAACAUGAACUACAUUUACUUUGCCGCCUUCGUCUUCUAUGUUUUGCUGAUUGUGCUCUGCAUCAUGAACGUCCUGUCGGCAUUGUUCGUCGAGAUGGCCUUGCAGAUCAAAGACAGGGACCUUCUCAUUCAGGCCGAACUUGCAAAGAUCGAUGCGUUCCUAAAGGACAUGCGUGACCUCUUCGACGAGGUGGAUGUGGAUGGGAACGGCGUGGUGACUCGUGCGGAGCUGUCUUU